AUGCAACAAACGAUUUUUGACAAGAGCAGAGAACUGGGCAGGGGGGGCCAUGGCACUGUUUAUAAGGGCAUUCUCAAGGAUAACAGGGUUGUAGCUGUGAAGCGCUCGAAGCUCAUGAAUGUGACCGAAACAGACGAAUUCGUGCAGGAGAUUAUUAUACUUUCACAGAUCAACCACCGGAAUGUGGUGAGGCUUCUAGGGUGCUGCUUAGAGGUGGAGGUCCCUAUACUGGUAUAUGAAUUCAUCCCAAAUGGCACUCUCUUUGGGUUCAUCCAUCAUUACUACGGAACUCCUCCCUCAUUGGACACCCGUCUAAGGAUCGCUCAAGAAUCCGCUGAAGCAUUGGCAUACCUGCAUCAGUCUAUGAACCACCCUAUAGUCCAUGGAGAUGUCAAGUCCAUGAACAUUCUGUUGGAUGACAAUUACAUGGCGAAAGUGACAGACUUUGGGGCGUCAAGGAUGCUCCCCAAAGACGCGGUUCAGUUCAUGACAAUGGUGCAGGGCACCCUGGGAUACUUGGACCCUGAGUACCUGCAGGAGCGGCAGCUCACAGAGAAGAGUGAUGUUUACAGCUUUGGGGUUGUGCUGCUGGAGCUGAUCACGGGGAAGAUGGCGAUCUACCACGACGGCCCCAAGGAAGGCAAGAGCCUCGUGUCGUCCUUCCUACACGCGAUGAAGGAGGAUAAUGUUGAGCGCAUACUGGACCCUAGCAUAGUAAGGGCCGGGAAGGAGAUGCUGCUGGGAGAGGUAGCCGAGGUAGGGAGGAUGUGCUUGGGUGCUAGGGGUGAAGACAGACCUUCCAUGACCCAGGUGGCCGACAAGCUGAAGGCUAUCCGAAGCACUUGGAGGGAAAAAUUAGUGCUGGAGCAUGGUGAAACAGAUCAUCCGUUCAUGCGCUCCUCACCUGCAGCUCUGGCGCGUUGUGAUCCUCUGCUGUUUAGCACCUGCUCGACGGCGACCUAUACGGCUGGAAUAGGUAUAGAAACACCCAGAUGAUAGUCUCAUUCGAUUCUACCAUGUAAGUAGUUGUAUGAGGUCUUACUGUGAGAGUACUGUGAGAUAGUGUUUGCUUAGAGCUUCUGAAGUACUUUCUGCAGAAAUUAAGUUGUCUUUUAUUUGCCGUACAAAGUAUUUUACAGUAAAAGGUCUUAUUGUGAGAGGAGUAUUAAUUUAGAGGUUGGAAUUGGUUAUUGCUUCCCGUAAAAAAAGAAUUGGUUAUUGCAAGAUAUAUGUCCAAGUUUGGAGAUGUUUGUAUUGUACAGUUAACAUGUCGUGCUAAUGUAGCAUUCGAGUUUCAGUUUUGUAAUAUUCAUGUCAUUUCUUGUAUAGUUUGUAACCAAUUUGUAAAAGAGGGAAAUGGGAUGUUGCUCCUCGAUGGUUCUGUAA